GCAAAAUAGCAGAGCGAGCAGGCAGGCAGGCAGGCAGGCUGGAAACGCGGGGUUUUCCCGUUUCUCCAGGCUUGGAACCGUCUCUCCAUGUCCAUGGCCAUGGCCAUGCUUCUUCCCGAGUUCCUCUCUUUCUCUAACAUCCGCCCUCCUUUUUUUAGCAACCCCUCUGCUAAUUCUAGCAACCACCCCUCGCCCCCCCGCUCACGCUCUCAACUCCUUCCUCCAGACCGACCAGGCACCGUCAUCGCUCCUGGGGAGUCUCAGAUGGCUCGCAUUCUCUCAUGCCUUCUUCUUCUUCUUCUUCUUCUUCUUCUUCUCUGUCCGACGAUCCUCCUCGCCAAGACCGACCAGCCCGAUGUGUCUGCUCUCAACGUGAUGUUCAACAGCAUGAACUCCCCAUCCCAGCUAUCUGGCUGGCAAUCCAUCGGAGGCGACCCCUGCGGCCACUCUUGGCAAGGCAUCGAGUGCUCUGGCUCUUCCGUCACCGAAAUCAACCUAUCAGGCCUGGGAUUGAGUGGUUCCAUGGGUUAUCAGCUCUCGAGCCUGACAUCUGUGACUUACUUUGAUAUGAGCAAGAACAACAUUCAGGGUGACAUACCAUACCAACUCCCGCCAAAUCUCAAUUAUUUAAACCUUGCGGGGAAUUCAUUUACUGGUGGUGUUCCUUAUUCAAUUUCUCAGAUGACCGACCUUGAAUAUCUAAAUCUAGCUCAAAAUCAGCUGAGCGGACAAUUGAGUGAUAUGUUUGAAAAGCUUCAAAAACUCUCUGAACUGGAUCUGUCAGUCAACCGCAUGUCAGGUGACCUGCCUCAGAGUUUUGGGUCUCUAUCAAGUCUCAAAAUUUUGAACUUAGAAAACAAUCAGUUUACUGGUUCGAUUAAUGUUCUCGCUAAACUAUCCCUUGAGCAUUUGAAUGUUCAAAAUAACCAGUUCUCUGGCUGGAUCCCUAACAAAUUAAGCCAAGUAAAAGAAAUCAAAACCGGUGGGAAUCCUUGGUCAUCCGGAAAUGCACCUCCAGGGAAUACAGCUGAAGAAAAUGUAAGGGAGAACAGUUCUGGUCAAAGCAGAGGAGUCAUUGCAGGAAUAGUUAUAGCUUUGUUGGUUAUUGCCAUGGUUGUUUUGGUUCUUGUUAAGCGAAGAAUUUCAUCUUCAUCUCAUUAUGUAGAUGGAAAAUCCCAAUAUGUUGAUGAUGAGCUUAGCCAGAACAGAUCAUUCACACCUCUAGUUUCUCAUGAUCUGAAAGGUUGUUCCUUUAUUCUUUUCCAUAAUAAAUUUUUCACCUUUUGUUUUUCAGGAGAGCCUAAUGUAUUGGAAUCCACUUCAAUUGACCUUAAAUCUUUACCAUCUUCCAUUGGUCUAAAACCUCUACCUCCUGAUAGUAUCAAAACAUAUAAUGAAAACGAAUUUGCGAAUGGAAUUAAUGCCAGACAAAGUGUGGAGCCACUUCUUGUCAGAAAGUAUUCAUUUUCAGACCUACAAGCUGCUACUGGAAGUUUUAAUUUUAACCGCCUUUUGGGGGAGGGCUCCAUUGGGCGUGUUUAUAAGGCAAAAUAUGCAGAUGGGAAGAUUUUGGCUGUGAAGAAAAUAGACACAGCAGAUUUUUCUGGAAGCAUAUUAAAAGAUUUCAUGGAAGUAGUGUCUGACAUCUCUCGGCUGCACCAUUCAAACAUAGCUGAACUUGUUGGUUACUGUAUGGAGCCGGGACAACGUUUAUUGGUCUAUGAAUUUCAAAGGAAUGGGUCUCUUUAUGAGUUUCUACAUUUAUCUGAUGAAUACAGCAGGCCACUGACCUGGGACACACGAGUUAGAAUUGCUCUUGGAACAGCUCGUGCGAUAGAGUAUCUUCAUGAAAUAUGCUCACCAUGUUUGAUUCACAAGAACAUCAAGUCAGCCAACAUUUUGCUCGAUAUGGAGCUUAACCCCCAUCUAUCUGAUUGUGGUCUUACUGCCCUUUACCAGGAUACAAGUGAGAAUCUUGGGCCAGGCUAUAACCCCCCUGAAUGCACCAAACCUGCUGCCUAUACAUUGAAGAGUGAUGUCUACAGUUUUGGGGUGGUGAUGCUGGAAUUACUAACCGGUCGGAAGCCUUAUGACAGCUCCAAGCCAAGACCUGAUCAAAUUUUAGUUCGAUGGGCUGCAUCACAACUCCAUGACAUUAAUGCAUUGGCCCAGAUGGUGGACCCCGGCCUUCGAGGUCUGUACCCUCCCAAGUCUUUGCAUCGGCUUGCAGAUGUUAUAGCCCUCUGUGUCCGGCCAGAGCCUGAAUUUCGCCCUCUCAUGUCUGAAGUGGUGCAAGCCCUUGCUCUGUGCAUUCAGCGAACGGGAAUGGGUGGUGGUAAAGUUGGUAGAACUCUGAGCAGUGCCUCUCGACGGAGUGACUGGAGUGAUGAUUUUGAUUAUCGCUACUAUUAAGAAAAUCAUGUUUACUGAAAUUCAUCACGGCACUAAUGAUCAGUUCCUUUGUGUGCCUGUUGAUCGUCACUGCUAAAUUUUUAACAGAUUCGAUUCCGUCCUUGUGAGGGGCCACAGACAAUUAAAUUGUUUUCAAUCAUUUUCUGGGGAGCCAAUGUGUCUGGAUCAACAGAGACAGUCUGGGUCACAGUCAACGAUACGUAAAAGAUCAUGCGUUGUGGGAAGGCAUCACCGCUCAUUUAUCUAUAAACUUCUUGAAAUUAUUGGAUAAUAUUGAGAUGAGCAGAUCUCGGGCAAACUGCAAAGAAUGGGAUAUUAACUGCUGCUUGCUUGUAUUCAACUUCUGUCAAAGGGUUCUAUGAAUAUAAAAACAGAUGUUUCAGAAAGUGCAAAGGUUCUGAUUUCAUAUAUUUGAUUUGCAGGUCAAGAAUGUGGUCUUUUUACUGCCGUUUAAUGCAAUCCUGUUUUUUUUACAUCACUGAGAGGUACGGUACAUUCUGUGUGGAAUGGUAAUGACCGGCUGCUUAAGUAAUUGUUAUAUUUCGGCCCACCAACUUAUCUGUGACAAUCUUGGAUGUUUUGUUUUGUGGCAUCAACUUA